UCGCAUCAGAAUUCUGCGCCGUAAUCGUGCUUAUAAUACAUUGGUGUCGUUAGUGCCAAACAAUCGAAUAUCUUCGCGCACUCGCUUCUUUCUCAAAAAGUUGACAGUUCUGCGCGUGCCGUAGCAGCGGCAAGUCGAGUUCCGAAGUGAUUGUUUGUUUCAAAAUGGCGUUCAAUGGAGAUGGACCACAUACCAAAAGGCAGCGGACAGAAACGGAUUCGGCUAAUAAUAGAGGGCACACGGGAAACUACACAGCGACCGACGAGCCACGGCGAAAGCGGCAGGAUGAGGCCAAACCGAAUCACGUUUUGCUCUUCACAAUUAUAAAUCCCAUGUACCCUAUAACAGUGGACGUCCUGCACACAAUAUGCCAAUCCAGCGGACAGGUGUUAAGAAUUGUGAUAUUUAAGAAAAAUGGAGUGCAAGCUAUGGUUGAGUUUGACAGUAUAGAGUCGGCGGUGAGGGCGAAGGACACACUUAACGGAGCGGACAUUUACUCGGGAUGCUGCACACUUAAAAUUGACUUCGCCAAGCCAGAAAAAUUAAAUGUACACAAAAACGAUUCGGAAAGUUGGGACUACACAGUAUCACUAUUGAAAGAAAACACUAAUGGAAGGCCGCAACCUUUACUGCAGGAACCACAUUACGGAUCUCGACCGCAGCCCUACAAAAAAACGGCGCUCGUCCCGGGAAAACUUGUUGCGGCGGGUGGGGAUGAAAAUCGAUGCGAAGAUCCAUAUCCAAGCGAGCAACCGCGUUACGAGGAAAUAUGCACAGGCCCCGGCUACGCGGAACCAUUCAACGCCGAGACAUACAGGAAGGGCGCACCGCCCGCCGUCACGACGGAAUUCCGGGAGCAGCGGACGACACAGUUUCAACAACCGGGCGCCGUUCUCAUGGUCUACGGCCUCGAUCCGUUGCGAACGAACGCCGACAAAUUGUUCAACCUGAUGUGUCUCUACGGGAACGUCGCACGAAUAAAGUUCUUGAAGUCAAAGGAGGGCACGGCGAUGGUGCAGAUGGGCGACAGCGUAGCGGUAGAACGGUGCGUUCAGAACCUGAACAACGUGUCGGUAGGCUUGACGGGGGCGGCGCCCCUAACACACAACCACAACAACCAAAACAACAUAUCCGACGACGCCAAGGAACACAAACUGCAGCUGGCCUUCAGUAAACAGCCGUACUUGAGCGAAGUCACCAAUCCCUAUCCACUACCCGACAAGUCCCCCUCGUACAAAGAAUACAUCACCAACAAGAACAACAGAUUCAUGAAUCCCGCAAUGGCGAGCAAAAAUCGCAUACAACCACCCAGCAAGAUACUGCACUUCUUCAACACGCCGCCACAGGUGACGGAGGUCGAGCUGAUCCAGGUGUUCCGCGAGUACGACGUGGUGCCACCCAAGGCCGUUAAAUUGUUCCCCAUGAAGUCGGAGCGAUCGAGUUCAGGUCUGCUCGAGUUCGAAAACACCAACGAUGCAGUAGCUGCAGUCAUGGCCUGUAAUCAUGCCGCCAUCGAGAGUCCCGGCACGAAGUUCCCCUUCAUAAUGAAACUGUGCUUCUCAUCGUCUCGCAGCAUGACCAUACGGAACGGCGACAACAACUCGAACACGAACGGUUCGGGUGAAAAACAGAUCCUGGCAGCGGAUCACUAAGUCCGCACUCCACAUACUUGAUUUGUUAACCCCGUUUUGACAAAUACAUAUCUGUUCCAUAUUAUAAUGUAUAUUCAGAAUAUUGCAAGGUACUCUUUGUCGCGUACUUAAGAUGUUUAAGUUGUUUAUUUUAUUUUAUUUUAUUUUUUUUUUUUUUUUUUGUUUAAGUUUGAAUCUCCUUGACCAAGAUAUUGUUUAAAAAUGAUCCUUUUAGUUCUAGAAAGUUGACAUAUUUUUGUAUUUGGAUCACUUGAUUUAUUCAAUCAACUUUCUUUAGAAUACAAAUGAAAGGACAUUUAUUAUGCAUAAAAUUAAUUAAUAUUAGUAAGUACAUAUCGUAAUAUUUGUAAAAGCUCUAAAGUUUGUGUAAAACACAAAAAGUGAAUGAUAAUUAGAUUCUUAUUAAGAAGAAAUAGAAUGUGUCUAUGUGAAGGAGCAAAUUGAAAAUAUGAAUCUUGUGCAAUAUAUUUGGAAGGAACAUGACAUAUUUUAAUUGUUUUUAAUAUGAAUUGGAUAUUAGGUAAUUUAAUUGCAACGACAUUAGAUGUUACAAUUUUUGACUAGGUAGGCUAUUUAUUGUUAGAAUAAAUUGUAGUGAUAAAUUUGUUAUUAUAAUUUGCAAUAAUAUUGUCAAAUUAUAAUGUUCGAUUAUUUGUUUUGCGUUAAUUUUGUUUGUAAUAUUAGAAAAUUAAUUUCCUAUUUAUUAUUCUUAUAUGUGAUUUGUUUUUAUACAUGUAAAUAUUUAUUUAUUGAAAAAGUUUAUUUUAGUUUUAAUACACACGCUAGAAUAAUUUUAAAUAAGAUAACUGAAGUCAAUAUUUUACAACUGCAAAAUUCAAUAUAUCAUACUUCGAAUAAAUAAAUUACUUCACAUAUUUUAGGUACAUAUCAAUUUUAAAACAAAUAUUAUAAGAAGUAUAUAUAUUUUCUGUGCUUUGUACUUUUUGUAUCGUUUACUGUGAGAAAAUCUAAAUAAUCAUAUUGGGGGCUACUUUCAAAUUAACAGCUUAAAAGUGUCAAGUAAAGCUUAGCCAAUGAAUUUUCGUCCUGUAGAUCUUAAAUUGCUACUUUAGUUAAAUGUCUUCCUCGUGUAUGCAUCCCAGCUUAGGACGACCUAAUCUAACAGAAAAAACAAAAACUAAGUGCGGGCCGUGCAUACAUACUCUAUUCUCUUCUCAUUUCUCCAUUUCCGACAAAUAAUUAAACGCAUAUACCUGCACUUCAACUGAACUUCCAUGUUUAUAAAUGAUUGACGAAACAAAUGUUUAUGUAUAGUUGUUGAUUGUUUAUUAUUGGGAAUGAGUGGAGAAUAUAAACAAUGUUAUAUCGAUGUCAAUAACUCAGUGUUUGUAAAUGCGUAUUUAAGACAUGUUGUGCAAUAAACUUUGCAUGAGGGAAAAAUCAUUUAAGUUUAUUGUCGUUUCGUUCGUGCAAAAUUUUUAUUUAUGUAUAAGUGCAGUCUGAUGAUACACUCGCAUACACCCAUCGCGUUUGUUUCUUUUAAUUUGUUCUAGUCAAUCAAGGAAAAUCUCACGGUGACGUUUUUAUUGUUGUUUUAUAGUGAUUUUUCCCUGUCGUCAACCGUUGUAUUCGAAAUCUUUUCCAAGUUUCGGUACGACGAUUGCAAACAAAACAUAAAAGACAAAUAGAUAGUUCAUAUCACAUAGUAUUACAUAUUCGUACUCUAGAAUUAAAGAAAUUAUUUUCUCCUUUGCAAUUAUUUUAAAUACUUGUUAGUGAGUGUUGUGUUAAUUAUUAAUGGACCAAAAACGGUAGUUUUUGACGCAUGGUUUAAAAUAAUUGCAUAAUCUAGUUGUAGUUACUGUUUUAGAAAAACUGAGAUAUUUAUAGAUGAAGGUGAUCAUUUAGGUGAUAACUGUUAUUCAUUGAUUAUCAUAUCAUAAUAAUUUUUAUUUAUUUAAAACAUUAUGUAAUUGUCCAAAGAUUGAACGCAACAAAAUUGUAUUGGGCGAACCAAAGAUAAAUCAAAACGGAAACAUUCGGAUCUCAAGAGUGCGUUUAACGUUAAGUAAGUAAUCAAACAAACAAAAUGUCCAUAUGAAAUUAAUUGCAUAUCACAUAAUCAAUGAAAAAACAGAAUGUUCCUGUGUGUUAUUAAUUUUGUAGUGUUCUAUUAAACUCUGCAUUCUAUAAUAUAUAUGUCGUAACAAAACA